GACAGCGCACCGCCCCCCUGCAGGCAGCUCUGGGCUCAGUUUGAGCUGCAGAGACAGUCCAGACCGAAGCGCUGCUGGUAGGAGGUUUUACCCAGAGGAGGAAACUUUACACGUCAAACUAAGACUCUGGAGCGAGCUGGAGAGGAUUUAACACAGACAGCUGGAUGUCUGCAAAGUUUUCUUUGGCGUUGUUCUUCUUUUGAGCUUGGGUUUGGAGUUUUGGAACACAUAAAAAAACUUUCUAAAAUCGUAACUCUUCGUGGAAACUUUCUAUAAACCGCUCCUUGUUGUGCGUAUUUUCGGCGCGUCAUGCUAACUGAGUGAUGAUUGCUUUGGAAAUGUCACUCCAUCAUCCCGGCGGGGCAGAGGGAAAGUAAGAAACCACCUGUUGUGAAAUUUUCCUGGAGCCUCUCACGGAUAAACCCGAGCUGAGCCGAGACAGAGAGGCGCGCGUGCAGGGAGCGGAAUGCGGCCUUUACGCACGGAGCAGACGCAGAUCCUGAAAAGAUGAGUGCUAAUCUCUGCAGAAAUCUCUCCGUGCUUCGGGCUGUGUGUUUGCCUUGAGCAUGUUGCCAUGGUGACCCGGGCUCAGGUGAGCUCCGGUCGGGAUGGCUCGUGAGGACGCGGUGAAAUGUCUGCGCUGUCUGCUGUACGCGCUCAACCUGCUGUUCUGGCUGAUGUCAGUGUGUGUGUUAGGCGUGGCAGCGUGGAUCAGAGACUCCCUGAACACCGUGCUGACCCUGACAGCCCACACCAGGUUGGAGGAGGCAGCCGUCCUCACCUACUCUCCAGCAGUUCACCCGGUCUUCAUCGCCGUGUGCUGCCUCCUCUUCAUCGUGGCGAUGGUGGGAUACUGCGGCACGCUCAGGUGUGACCUGCUGCUGCUCUCCUGGUAUUUCUGCAGUCUUCUGCUCAUCUUCUGUGUGGAGUUAGCCAGCGCCGUGUGGACCUACGAUGAGCCCUCGGUGCAGCGCUCUGAUAUGAUCAGUCUGAAGUCGCGGAUGCCAAAUUUUGGCCUGCAGCGCUACCAGUGGCUCACACACACCUGGAACAGCUUCCAAACAGAGUUUAAAUGCUGUGGGGUGAUCUACUUCACGGAUUGGCUGGAGAUGACAGAGAUGGAGUUUCCACCUGACUCCUGCUGCUCAAAUCAGUAUCCAGGAUGUGCCCGCCACGCCAACAUGCACGACCUUAGCGACCUGCACCAAGAGGGCUGUGGUCCAAAGAUCUACAGUUUCAUUCGAGGGACGAAGCAGCUGCAGGUGUUGCGUUUCCUGGGCGUGUCUAUUGGUGUGGCUCAGAUCCUCGCCAUGGCGCUUACACUCACGCUUCUCUGGGCGCUUUAUUACGGACGGAAGGCCCCAGAACCAGACUCCAUAGCUCCGCCCCCUCACGAUGACUCCACCCCCCUCACAGUGACACACGGAGCCUCAGGUGAAGCUCAACAGUCUGGAUGUAACCGUACAAAUAAAGCGUGUAACAUCACAAACAACAGCGCUAACGCCAAAACAUCAGAUCUACAGUUUGAGAUGGAGAGACUAUCGUAGCAGAGACAACCUGCUUACUGAACUCCACAGAGGGACAUUCAAAGAUUAUUUAAAGAUGAGAGACUGAAA